AUGUCGGCUUGGGACUCUGUUGCCCGAAACCUCAUCAGCAGUGGUGAAUUUGACCGUCCCAAGUUCGACGGCAAGAAGACGCAAGCAAGAUUUGCGAUAAUGCUGCGCGACCACCAAGACAGGAACGAAACCUCUGCAAAGGCUUCGGGUGCUGCGGAGGAGUGCAUAGAGCGCAGGAUCCUGCUCGAUGACCUUUUGGCGCAAGUGUUGCAAGUCAAUGAGGAAGGGGAGAAACGCACGGCCGAAGAGGAGGCAGCAGCUGCUCAAGUAGAAUCAUCAGCGGCUCAAAUCCGGGACGAGGCGAUGAAGUCGCAAGGUAAACGGAAGGCGAAGGGCUUCGACGACGAAAGUGCAUCGACGGGAGGUGGAAAAAUGCUAAAGGAGCGCGAAUUUCAAGCAGAAGAGCGAAACAAGGACCGCGAGAUUCAGGCACAACUAAUUCAAAUGCUGCAGACAACAAUGACAGCUCUUCUUAGUGCUUUGGUGAAGAAGUUGUAA